AUCAUGAUCCUGUUCUCGUCGCGCAGUGUUCUGCUGUCAGUCUACUAUCCGCAGAUCUUUCUCAUCCUCACCAGCGGCAGCUACCUGGCCCUGUCCUCAGUCGUGGCUCUGGGCGCCAACAUCAUCUGCAACAAGAUUCCCGGGCUGGCACCUCGUCAGCGGGCCAUCUGCCAGAGCCGCCCGGACGCCAUCAUUGUAGUGGGCGAGGGCGCCCAGAUGGGUAUCAAUGAGUGUCAAUAUCAGUUCCGCUACGGACGCUGGAACUGUUCAGCGCUGGGGGAAAGGACGGUCUUCGGUCAGGAGCUGCGUGUAGGCAGCCGGGAAGCAGCGUUCACUUAUGCCAUCACGGCAGCGGGCGUGGCCCACGCUAUCACGGCGGCGUGCAGUCAGGGCAACCUGAGCCAGUGCGGCUGCGACCGGGAGAAGCAGGGCUACUACAAUCAGGAGGAAGGCUGGAAGUGGGGCGGGUGCUCAGCCGAUAUCAAGUACGGCAUCGAGUUUUCCCGUCGAUUCGUUGACGCUCGGGAGAUUAAGAAGACUCCACGUCGACUCAUGAACCUGCACAAUAAUGAGGCGGGACGAAAGGUUCUCGAAGAAAGAAUGAAGCUAGAAUGCAAGUGCCACGGCGUGUCGGGCUCCUGCACCACCAAGACGUGUUGGACGACGCUCCCCAAAUUCCGAGAGAUCGGCUACGUGCUCAAAGACAAGUACAAUGAAGCCGUGCACGUGGAGGUGAUGCGAGCCAACCGGCUGCGGCAGCCCAGCCACCUGAAGGUGAAGCAGACUCAGGGCUACCGCAAGCCCAUGGACACGGACCUCGUGUACAUCGAGAGGUCGCCCAACUACUGCGAGGAGGACGCGGCCACGGGCAGCGUGGGCACCCAGGGCCGCCUGUGCAACCGCACCUCGCCGCACACGGACGGUUGCGACCUCAUGUGCUGCGGGCGGGGCUACAACACGCAUCAGUAUACCAAAGUGUGGCAGUGCAACUGCAAAUUCCAGUGGUGCUGCUUCGUCAAGUGCAACACGUGCAGCGAGCGGACGGAGGUGUUCACCUGCAAGUAG